ACAAAUCUCCUAAUACAAACCAUAAAUCUCCUAAAAGAUACUAGAAAUACCACAAAGCAAACCACAAAUAUUUUAAAGCACACCAAAAACCUCCUAAUGCAAACCACAAACACGAUAAAGCAACCCACAAAAUGCACACAAAAAUUUUGGACCGAAAAUAAAAAAAUAUUUUUUUAAUUUUUUUAAUUUUUAUUAUUAUUUAAACAUAUUUUUCAUAAUGACAAUUAUACCCCUACUUUGAUUUUACACUAGGUCAACUCAUCUAAUAAAAAGUCAUCACAACCCUAACUUCCUAUUGGUUGGAGACUAGUGUUGUUACAAUAACAACACAAGGGAUGUUGUCAUAGUAACCGAUCCCUGCUUGUUUGGUCAAUACUGGGAAUUCGGGUCUCAUUGGGUGUUAUAUGGUGUGUAGGAAUAUCUUGGUUCCUAGAAUGACUUCUGUUCGAUUUGGCUGUUUUGAAUAGUGUUUACCCAUAAAAAAAUCAGCUUGUACCACAUCGAUUAACUACAAGAAAUUCAAUGGAUUUAUAAGGCCAGCUCAACAUUAAUAAUUAAAAGAGCUAGUUAGACCUUGUUGGGUUGGGUUUUUGGGCCUAAGUGGCCAAAUCCCUUCUUGUCCAUACGAUGGCCGACCCGUCUCCAUGGCCCCCAUAGCCGGACGAUGCCUCCACCCCUUGGUAUGAAAUUUGGCUCUGGGAAAAUUUAAAAGCUGAAUUUUGCAUCCUUGAAUUUCCAAAUAGUAUAUGAUUCCCUGGAUAAGGUUCCGACUUUCUUUCCGUACGUUUCUGAUAAAUGGAUCCUAUUGAAGAAGUCCGAUAGACAAUUUUACCUUCAUUGGUCUGUUUUAAAUAUCUUGGAUGUUAUGAAUCAUCUGUCCUCAAUCGUAGACAAUUAUGGUUUACUUAGCUCUUAUGCUUGGAUAUGGAUGAGGCUUGUUAAUGUCUAUUUAUGUUCUGGUUGGCAGUCUGGCGCUGCAGCUCCUGUGGACCCGGACCUUCUUGGAGUUGAAGCUAUUUUGAAUAGGAAGGAGUCUUCACAUGCUCAUAUAAUGCAGGAGUUUAUGACAACGGGUCCGGAGGGAGAAUCUGCUCGGCUUGGUAGAACAAAUCAGAUGUAGACUCGAAGAGGACAGGCCUAGAAUACUAGUGAUGGUGUUGGGCAGCAGACUCGUAAGUACACAGCGGCAGUGAAAGGGAAAGGUAAGUUGCUGGAGAGUGACAAGAUGGUUACUGCAGAUUGUCCUAGAGCUAGACCUGCUAGGAUUGUGAAGAGAAAGUCAAGGAAGGAAUAUGGUGCUAGGCCUAAGCCAGGAUUCAAGAUGGGAACUGGGGAACUUGAAGAAAUUAUGUUUGAGAAGAAAAGGAGCAACCAGGAGAUGAUGACUGUGGCGGAGAGUCAACCGCUGCCACCAAAGAAAUUGUGCUUUGAUGCUGCUUCUUUGCAGGAUAUUGGCUUGGACAAUAAUGACUUGUUGGAUGAAGAAGUGCACGAGGGCAAAUAGUAGGAGGAGGACAAGGGUGAGGUGAUGAACUGGUGGAGAAAUCCAGACGUGAGUGGCCCCAAGAAGAUAAAUGAGAUUGAUGUUUUGGAAUUGUCGUGGAAUUGGACAGGCUUCGACAAUUCAGCAGUUGAUAGGUUUAAAGAGUAGUUAUUUUCCUGAUGUUAUUUGUCUUUCAGAAACAAUGUCGUGUCGGAGAGUAGUAGAUGGCCGUAUGAGGCAAUUUUGUUUUCAUCAUUCGGAUUUUUUUUCCGUAGAUGGUGCUCACUUUGUAGGUGGCCUUUCAGUAGGUUGGUCCACCGAGACUUCGGUCUCAGUUUUAUGUAGUGAUUCCUUUUUUGUAGCUUUAAAUUUGAAUAAAUAUCAUUUGGGUUAUGUGGUGUUUUUUUUUACAUGAGUUAUGAUUAUUCUACUAAGACGUUGCAACUUUAACGACUUUCUACCUUUUGUACAUACCUAAAUGUCCCCUUCAUGACCGUUGGGUAUUUUAAUGGCAUCUUAGCUUCAAAUAAAAAGGAAGGGGGACUUCCGUGGCGUCCAAGUCACUUUGCUAACCUUCGCGGAUUUGUUGAUGAUUUUGGCCUUCAUGAGCUUCCUUUUAAAGGUCCGAUUUUCACUUGCAUUAACAAACGAGAUUCAAACCGUGUAGUCCAAGAAAGGUUGGACUGAGCUUUUGUCUCAGAAGAUUGUAUAUUAAAGUUACCGAGAAUCGGAUCAUCGAGCCCUUUUGUUUGUGACCGAAGACGUUAAGAGACCAGGGAAAUCGAUGUUCCAGUUUGAUAUUCGCUAGGGUCAAAAUCCUGAAGUCCGGGCGAUGACCAGGUUUGUUUGGGAUAUGGAGUUUACCGGCUCCUUGAUGUACCGGUCACUACAAGAAACUUAGCUUUCUGCGAUGAAAAAAUUCGUCGCAGAAAGGCCUAAAAUUCGUCGCAGAAGCCUUCUACAACGAAUUCUUCCGUCGCAAAAGAGAAAAACCCUUCGUCGCCUAUACAGCGUCGCAGAAAAUUCCGCAACGGAAAAAACCAGUUCGUUGCAAGAAAAACAAAAUUCGUCGCUGAAGGGCAAUGAUUUAGCAACGAUCAUUUCGUCGCAAAAUGAUCAUUUUGCGACGCCCAUUGCACCAUUGUAGAAAAUAAGGGUAUUCUGCGACGGGUAGUUCGUUGCAAAAAGAUGACCAUUUUUUAUAAUUAUUCACAAUUUAUUUUUGGGUUAAUUUUAGUAUAGGUCACAUUUUAUAUCUGGGUUAAUUUUAUUUUAGGUCAUAAUUUAUUUUUCGAUUCAUGUUCUAGUUCCUUCGUCAACAUCAAAUCUGCACCUCAUCAAUGAAAAAAUUCCAGAUUUGCUCAAAAAACACUAUCAAUUCCUCAUCCAAAAUCCUGAUCUGCAAGUCCUAAUGCCAAACCUGCAAAAUAAUUAAAACAAAAUAAGAUUUCGUAAAUACAAUAAAAAACUAAAGAACUUUUUUUGGAAAACAAUUUUAUUCUGACAAUUAUCACUGCACAUCUAUGUAAUAAAUUAAAAAAAGAAGCAGAUCUGGUUUCUUUCUUUCGCUUUUCUCGUCGGAAGAGCAGAUUUGGUUCAUCCGCCGGCGGUUGGGAGAAAUUCAACCCAUACCAUCAAACUUUGAGAAUUCGGGGAUGGAUACCACUAAAGUCAAUUUAGGGCAUUGGAUAUCAUGUAAGUCAAUUAAAUGUGCAUCCUUCCAAUUUUCCAUCUAUUUCAUUAACGGAGAAGAAAAAAACAUUUUGACAAGUCAACGUUGACUACAAGCCACCAGGCUGCUGAGUCAUUUACCUUUUUGCCACAUCACCCUUGUAUUUCCCCAAUCGCUUCGCACCAAAAAAAAAGAACCCGUCCCUCCCAAACCCGUCCCAUGUAUCUAUCCCAUAAUUUUCAUUCUGAAUCAAUUUUUUAUUUGCCAAUGUGCAUGAAUGAAGAUGAUAUCUCAUGACUUUGGCUAAUUAACACGCUUACAAGCUGAUUCUAGAUAAUAUUGAACAAACGCUUGUUGAAAGUCCAUAAUCUGGAUAAUUACUCUCAUCUCAUUUAGGUAGUUACUGCAAUACGUAUUAUGUGAAGCAUGUCUAUAAUUUGUUUCUGCAAAAUAUUAAUCAGAAGCUUGCUAAAGUCUAAAUAAAGCUAAAUUCCUUGGAUACUAAUUCUAAUGCACUGUCAUGAUAAGUGACAGUAGUCAGUAGGACAAAAAACACCAAAUAACUCACAAAGUACGAAACAAUCUAAAAAAGCAUAAAUUAGACAUUUCCAUUCUUCCACUUCUGCCUGCACUUGAUGUUCCUCUUCUAGGAACAAAAGCUUUCCUUCCAUUUUCUGGUCUAGCCCAUAUCCGUUCUCCUUGAUGGACCUGAAAAUGAGAAUUUUUGGAAUACAUCAAGGAAGCUAGUUUCAAUAUUAACAAAAUCAUACAUGGUUAUUACUUGAAAAGAUAAUUAAUUAAGAGCUGAAAUUAUAUACCCGAAAUCCCAAAUAAGUUGGCGCUGAAUUGACAACGUCAUUUGUCUGCUGAUUAUGCAUCUGAUUCACAUCAUAAAUUGGUUGACUCAAGGGAUAACUUUGGCUAGUUUCCUAUGCAAACCAAAAUCAGAACAUAUCUAUAAGUGAACGGCUAUUUGCCGCCAACUAAAAAAAUAUUGAAUUCAAAUUUUGAAUUUUUCCUUCCUUCCCUUCCUUUCAUUCUAUAAAUUCCACUGUUAUUAUAACCGGGCCGGACCGGAUGGUCCGACCGCGGUAAACCGGACCCGGCCAACUUUCCGGUUCCAAUUGUCUGAAAACGCAAAGGAAACUCCCGGCCGGUUAUUGACCGGUUCGACCGAAUAACCGGCAAAUCCGGAUAAGCCGAACCGGCUGUUAUAGCCCACUGUUGACAUUCCUUUUUUUAUUAUUGUUAUGGAAAUUUAUCUUUCCUUUUCAAAACCGAGAGUUUAAAUGAAAAGAGAAGGACAAUAUUACUUUCCUUCUUUUACCACUUCCCACUUUUAUGGUUUCUCCAAGGUUGUUAAACCCCUAUCGAACCCCCCGGUUGGACCCGGUUCAACCCGAGUCGGGCUUCAAAACGGCCUCCAGAAAACCCCCCGGUCUGACCCCUAAACAGGGAGAAGAAGAGAGGCAGAAGAGAGGAAAAGGAAAGAAGGAAGGGAAAUGGUAGGUGGAUCAUGGAGGUCAGGUAGAUUUAUUUUGUUGAAAAUAAGUUUUUAAUAGAUAUAUGUAAGAUAA